AUGUCGAUGUCAACCAACAUGCUGAAGGUCUUGCUGACCGUGUGUGACACGCCACAGGCGACUAUAUUUCUCACAAUUCUCCAACAUCUACUUCGAAUCGAACCAAAGGAUACUUUAAGUGACGUCAUUUGGAAAACAAUAGAGAAAUUAGUACAUCGGGCCACAUUACUGGACAGGCGAGAACACGCGGAAAAACUCAUCACGCAAGGUGAUCAUGAUCUGCGCAAAGCUGUGCGCGAGUUGAAAUCGCCCGCACAUGCACAGAACACACACUGUGAAGAGUGUCGUCACCGUCGUAGUAGACUGGGAAGUGGAAACAGAAACGCUGACAUAUUGAGUGUCGUGGACGGAUCUGAGAUGAAAACCAAAUCAAACGAAAACAAUAGUGAAUUAAAUAGUGCAAUAAACGAAAAUGGAAAUAAUAUAUUAGAACUGAAACAAGUUAGCGAUGAUCACGUGAAGGAUGUGACGUGCAACUCGGUAGAUAACUGUCAUUCAAAACUAAAUACGGGUAAUACUCUUUCUCCAAAUGUCGAUUCAAACAUUCCCCCGAUAACUGCAGACGUGCCUACAGGUGGAAAUGUUGCUCCUCCAGCACCCUCCCCACCACCACCACCUUCUGGCUUUGGAGCCCCACCGCCACCUCCACCGCCACCAGGAUUUCCAGGCAUGCCACCUCCACCUCCACCUGUUCCAGGUUCCGGUGUUCCUCAUCCACCUUCGUUUCAUGGUGCGAAGACGCAUAUCCCUGUUGCAAGCGCCAUACCUGAAACAAAGCCUAAAACAAAAAUGAAAACACUGAACUGGAGUAAAUUAGCACCACAGAGAAUAGCGUCCACUGACAAUAUAUGGAAUCGAGUCAACAAGCUAUCAAACGGUAUCAAUGCAAAUUGGGAGGACGUAGAGGCGUUGUUUUGUCAGAAAAAAAUAGGAGAGAAAAAAGGCAAGGACGGAAAAAUUGAAGAACCCAAGAAAAAGAAAGAAUCAACAGAAAUUAAUUUAUUGGAUAGUAGGAAAAGCUUAAACGUCAACAUUUUCUUGAAACAAUUUCGGAGUACCAACGAGAAAAUAAUUCAAAUUAUACAUGAAGGAAACAGUGGUGAAUUUGGAACAGAAAAAUUAAAGGGCUUGCUAAAGGUUUUACCCGAUUCUGAUGAGAUUGAGAUUUUAACAUCAUUUGACGGUGAUCACGAGAAGCUAGGCCCAGCUGAGAAGUUCUACCUCAUGUUGCUUAGUAUACCAUCCUAUAAGCUGCGAAUUGAGUGCAUGCUGUUGAAGGCGGAAUUCGAAGCAAAUAUUGAUUACCUUCACCCAUCUCUUGAUACAGUCAUCGAGGCAUCCCUCGCGAUUCUGAAGUGCAAAUCACUAAAGGAAAUAUUGUAUCUGAUACUGUUAACAGGCAACUUCCUAAAUUCGGGAGGUUAUGCUGGUAAUGCUUACGGGUUUAAGAUGUCCUCACUGCUGAAACUGGUGGAGACCAGGGCGAAUAAACCGCGAAUGAAUCUCCUCCAUCAUGUUGUCACGCUGGCUGAACAAAAAGAAAAGAAGUUACUGAAUUUUCCAAACGAAAUGAAGAAUUUAGAAGAAGCUUCGAGACUCUCGAUUGAUCAGCUUAGCAGUGAAGUUGAGACACUGCAGAAGAGAGUGACGCUCGUAGGUGAUCAACUGGAAGAAGGCACGCGAGAGGUGAAAGAGCAAAUGGUGGAGUUUUUGCAGAAUGCAAAAGAAGAUUUAAAUGAACUGCAAGAAAUGCUUGAUGACGUUGAAAAGUUAAGAAAAAAAUUGUCUGAAUAUUUGUGUGAGGAUUCUACGACCUUCAAACUUGAAGAUUGUUUUGGCGUUUUCAAGAUUUUCUGCGAUAAAUUCAAGAAAGCAAUUGAGGAAAAUGAACAACGUCGAAUUCAAGAGAACAGAAUGGAACUCCGUCGCAAGCAACGUGAAGAACAAGAGAAAGCUAAAAGGAAAGAUAAAAAGAAGAUUCGGCACACAAAAAGCCUUCCUUCUGGUAGGGAAUCCGGUGCAAUUGUUGACCGUCUAUUGGGUCACAUUCGAGAAGGUUUUCACAAGCGGAGCAUUAGUUCGUCUGCGGGUGAGGAAUCUGAUACAAGCGAUUUCGGCAGCGAGCCGUCAUCUCCAAUGAUAACUACACCAGGGGAAGAAACUCCACAACAAGGGAAUUUUGUACGAGCAUCUUCAAUCCGACGAUCGUGGCAAAAAUUUGAAAAGAAUCUGAACGCCAUUUCUGAAAAUGGUACUGAAGUGGAUGGUCGAGUAGCUCCUGAUGCGACAGAAGCUACCGAACAAGAUAAUAUAAGUAGUGCAUCGAGCGGAAUUUGUUCAGACACAAACAGUAAUGUUGGUUCCGUCAGCAGCCAGGAGGAAAUUACGUCAAAUACUGGGAGUAAGAAGAUUAGAACAUCCAGUAGUACAUCGGCAGAAGAAACCCUCAUUGAUUUGUUGAUGCAGGGAAAUGAAGAAGAGUCUACGAUUGGAAACUUCAGACGAGAUGGUAGUUUCCGACGCAGCGUAAAACGAACAAAGAAAACUCCAGCACAGCUACAGGCUAGUGAUAGUCGAGAACGAACGGGAAUUGUACAAGAUAAGAAAACGGAGGAGAAUAAUGAAAAAAAUAAAAUUAACGAUGAGAAAAAUACCAAGCCCGAAAAUGAAAAUCCAUCGAUUAGGCUAAGAAAUCCACCUGCACGCAGACGCUACAAAGUCGAAGGAGUUGAGAAUGACUUAGCACUGAGGGUCAUGAGUAGACGUCAGCGUCUAAAGGAAUUGCUUGGUGAUGAAAUUUCGACUGACAAUGCAGGUGUAACGCUUCGAGAACAAAAACCUAGAAUAUCACGACCGUGGAGUAAUAUUGAAAGCAUAGAUGUUGUUAAAAUAUUGGCGGAAAGGGAUGACAUUCCGCCAAAUCAAAGUAGUUGUGACAAACCCAGUGUUGUUUAUACUGAUGAUACAGCACAAGAUGAUCCGGUUGUAGACGAAGUACCUGUAAUAGGCAAAAAUGACAGAACAAUAACUAUUAGCGGAAUAAGUGGAGAGAGUGAAACCGACACCAUUGUAAAAUCAGAAUCAGACGUUGCCAUUGGGGAUAGCACCCAGCCUAUUUCUCCACGCAGAACACGAUUCGACAGACGAACGCGCAGUGCAGUGGUUGCGUCUGAUGUAGAACGUGCACUUCGAGACGUUACCAAUGAGGACGAAAUUGUGUUAGAAAUUACUGGAAGCGAAGUUGAAUCUGAUACACACGAUCAAGAUCAGAAACAUAUUCUUCGACAGCAAUUUGAGAAGAUUGAUAUUGAAACUGUUUUAGAUGCGGUGGAAUCUUCAGUCACUAACCACGAAAUACAAUCAUCGCCCCGCAAAGAAAGUGCAAAACAAAGUAGCUACAAGCCACGAUAUCGACGACGGAAAGAAUCGAAUGAGCAAACUAAAUCUGUUAUUACGAAAAAUGACUUAGUUGUACCAAUAAAUCUUUCUGAUAAUGUGGAAUCACCUGAGAAUAAACGAAAGUUCGAAGGUGACCACGACGGCCAGGUGAUCAUCGGUAAACAAAAUAAUUUCAAAUCGUCUGUUACUGGUGAGCAAAUUUGCAAGCCAGUUGAAGAAGAUAGGUGUGCAAUUGAAACGCUAUUGUCAACCGAAGAUACCUCAUCACAAAUGCCGACUAGGCGAGCCAAAGGUCUGCAGGCUUUACGCUCAAAAAGUGUCUAUUCAGACGAUGAAAAUCAUAUAGAUAUUGCGUCCUUUCUCAAUGAAAAUAACAACACUGAAAAACAAGACAACGAGAACAAAAACGAGGUUAACGAAUAUCAUAAAAGACAAAGUCAAGAUGUAUUUGAGGAGAAUAGUAAAGUAAACUAUGUUGGUGGCCAGAGAGAUGGAGGAAAAAACAAAAGUAACAUAGUUUAUAAAAUGAGUGAUGAAGACGUUUAUAUUGUUCACUCACGGAGCAAACAAAACUCACCGCGGAAAGUAAACAGUGAUACAUUUGAUGGACUUGAUAGUAAUGAGAUUGAAACCCUGAAACGAACGUAUUCUUUCAAAAACCCAUCCAGAUCUCAGUUAAAUGAUGACCGCAUCCCUCAAACUGAUAAAACAGUAGAGCCUCGGGAAAAGAAACAAUCAAGGUUGAGGGUUCCAUCUGCAAGGAAAGGUACUCCCCCAUCUCCAAAGAAAGAAAUCGUAAAACCCAGCCACGUGCGUCAUACUCGCAGUCGAUCUGUCGAUAGUACUUGUUCAACCUUUUCCAACAUAAGCAUUUCAUCUGCAAGCAGCAGGCAGUCGUCAAUUUCGACCAACAAGAAAACACCACCAAGAUGCUCACCUGUGACAGCCCAUACCACAAAGAUCAAAAAGGAAAAGGACUCGCAAUCCUCGCCCAACCACCCCACGUCAAGACUUCCACGCUCGGGUAGCUUUAGGCGCUCUCAGCCAGGUAGAAUAGCCUCGCCGUCGUCUGAAACGAAAAUGUUGUCUCCUGGUCAAAAAGGUGACACUACACGAGGGAGCGGCCGUGGCAGUCAGCUGAGGAGAACCCCAUCCACAAGAGGAAGUUUGAAACAAGCUGCAUCAAAAGCACAGACAGACAGACGCUCGAAGCUUGGUCUUAACAUUGAAGCCGUGUCGGCAGAAAAACCAUCUGCUACUCAAAAGACGGUCGUAUUACCUUCAAAGGUAUAUAGUACUCCAAAGCGCUCACAAAAAUCAACAUCGUCUCGCACAGACAGUCUUCUACCCGGUAGCAGCCCGACACAUAAACAAAAGCAAACCAAUGUCAAGCCCACAAGCAAGCCAUCAAACAUCCGCCCACGUGGGUCUCCUCUUGGGGGUUCCGGAUCGUCAAAUCGAUCAAAGGUAUUCAAACCAGGACAGUCACCAUCUCGAAACACAAAACUAGCUGUUGAUACCAAAUCUAAGCCUGGUCAGUUUCGUGCACGGACUCCUAGUAUGGAAUCAAAGAAAAGUGUGAGUAGCUAUACACAGGCAUCGGAAAAUAAUAGCACAAUGGAAUCCUCUACAUCACUGGCUUCUACUGCGAGUCGUCCUCUUAGUGCUACCUAUUCCAAUCCCUCCUCUCCAGUACGCUCAAUACAAGUGCCGUAUAGUAACCCACCACAAUCACCGAUGACGGUUAGAUCCAUUCCAACUACUGCCACAGGCCGACCACCUAAGUCCCCGUCACCGCGAUCAAAAGUUACGAUAAGAAUGGGAACCGCAAGUUUAGGCAUGAGCAGUCCGCGAACACCUACAUCUGGAACGCACGUCGGACAGCUACCAUUCUCCAAAGUUGCAACUCCGCAAAUGGGAAAACGUGUAAUUUCUGCGACUGGAAGUCCUACAUCCAUGAGUCCGACAUCACCUACAACCAGACUACCGGAAUCACACCUACCAGCACCCGGGUUUAUUUCACCGCCUCACAGAGGAGUGAAUUUGCCAGAAGCACGUGAUUCAAGUGACAGUCUUGAUUCUGAACGAAGCAGCUCCUUUGAUGAGUACAGUGUGCGAACCGAUAGGUCAUUUUCGUACUUACGCAGUAACUCCGAUCCGGACUUGUUGAAGAGCACAAGGCAGUCCAUACAAAGCUCGUCAUGUGCUUCCAUCCAGCUACCACCCGGACCGCAAUUCCAGAGAAACAAUACGACGUAUUCUUUACCACCAGCCGCUAGAAAAUACGGUGUACCAGAGAGUGUAAAGAAGAUCUCGAAACCAGGGAAAUUCAGUAAGUUGAUGAGUAAAUUCGGUAGGCGAUCGUCUGCAACCAAAGCGCCGAAUACCUCCUCGUUUGACGACUUGUGUGCGGACCAAUCGUCCAGUGAACAGAGAUCUGCCAUCUAUUCCGAGGUGGGUGAUCCAGUUAAACAAGUUCCAGUGUCCAGAAUACCAGCACCAGGGGCUGCAAAGCCUAUCAGCCAAGAAGAAUCUUCAAAGACGCAGAACAAGAAUGUGUCGAAAUCUCAAUUUCGCUUCGGGUUUGCUGCUGGCAAAACUGAGAGACUUAGUGGUCGCAAGUUACAAUCAAAUGUGGUAAAAACAACCAAUGUUAAGAGAAAAUGAUCUUCUUAUUGAAAACAGAACAGAAAGCAUGAUUAUUUUAAAAGCAUAAUUUUUUAAUUUUUAUUUUACUAUCUGUGUAUUGGGAGACGAAAUUCAUACGUGGAGAACUAUGACAAUAUUGUGUACAGCAUUCACGACGUCACUCUUCGGUUUUCUAUUGCGUUAACCAAAUCAAACUGUCUUGGCCAGUCUUAACCUAUUCUGACGACGUAAUCCUAUGAGAUUGUUUGCUUCUUAGUUUUGAUUAUGUUUAUCUUGGAAAUGUUAACGACACGUCGUUGUUUUGAUUUGGAAAGUAUAAUAUAACGAUUUACCAUUCUGUUGUCUAAAAGCAUCAGUAAUGCCUAAGAUAGAUACCGUAUUGUUGAGUUGCCAAGCACAUUGCCAAUUAAAAGUCCAGGUCGCUUGGUCAGAAGUAUGUUAUAGUACCAUAUCCUUUUAUACCUGGGACUAAUGUUAUAGUACAUUGCUAAACAUCACUUUACCCUACACAUUUUGUCUGCUAAAAUCUAAACAGGGUUAAAGCUCUUUUGAAGAAAAUUACAUCAAUGGUAACAGUACUGCACUGAAAAUAAAAGAUUUGUUGAUCUAAUUCCAACCUAUUAAAACCAAAGUUGUGAAAUUUGAGAUAAAAAUUACUAAUUUAUUACAUGCUGCUCUUAGGCUUAAGCUAUGCGAAAAAGGUAUCGAAAUCCAGCGGGUAUUUUUAUAAGUGGUUAGGCCUAUUAUUGUUAAAAAUACUAUUUAUAAUUACUGUAUUAUCAGAGAUAUAUUAUUGUCAAUAAUUAUUUUGUUCAAUAUG